AUGAUACUCAUCAUUGAUCUCCUUUGGCUCCUCUUCGCCCUCGCCAACGACUGCUUAUUCUUUAUGCUGAGCGGUCAGGUCAUGUUUGCCUCGCUGGUCUUGUUGUUGUUCUUCUGGGGCGCCUUUGACCGUCGCGGCGAAAUCCCUUGGAACGCCAUAUUCGAGACUGGCUUCAUGGUGCGCGAUGGCUUCUUGUACUUGUAUAUCUUCAUGACGCUGGAAGCCUUAUUGCUGCGUCUUACUUCUGCUCCUGGUAUGCCGUCCACUGAGAGCCUUUAA